AUCAUAGAGAUCUGGUGAUAACCAGAGUACGGGUAUUCGUAUUCUUCCUCACGAGCAAGGUUAUGCAUGAUGGACAAAUUCAACAGGUGCAGUUCCCCAUGUGUGUACAGUAUCUUGUAGCUCUGGAGAAUCUUCACCUGUUCACGUUCUGCUUAAGCGACAGAAGUUAAAAGAAAAAAGAAAGUCCUGAAGAAAGAAAUCCUGAGAUAGAAGGAAUGGAGAAAAGGGGCUGUCUUCUUUUCUGCUUGCCCCCUCCAAUGAAAUUGAAGGCAGGGGCUAAGACAGAGGAGGCAAGUCUCACAAGUCAACAAGGAUUGUUUUGGCUGGACAAGUGGAUAUAGAUUAUCAUUCACAUUUCACUCUGGAUUGUAUGAGAAAAACAAGAUGGCUGCCUUGGAGCUGGUUAAGGACUCAAGAGCUUUUGAGAAGGUGGCUGUUUAUUUCACAAAGAGCGAGUGGGCUCUUCUGCAACCAGAUCAAAGAGCUUUAUACAGGGAAGUCAUGCUUGAGAACUAUGAAACUGUGACUUUGCUUGGGUAUCAAUUCCCCAAACCUGAGUUGAUCUCUCAACUGGAAAAGGGAGAAGAAGUAUGGAUGCCAGAUGUCCAUGGCCUGGAGGAAAGGACAUUCCAGAUAUAUACCAACUCAGCUGAUGGAGAACCAAGUAGGAAGCAUGAAGUAGCUCUUAAGCAAGGAAGACCAUUAUCAGUGAGACAGAAUGAACUAAGGAGGAGAGCCCACAGCCAAGAGGCUGCUUCACUGCAGACUGCAACUUGUGAGAGAAAGUUUGGAUUAGAGAAGGGGCAAGCAAAGCAGCAAGGGAAGAUAUGGGUUCAACCUGCUCACAGUAGAGGCAUCCAAGGUGUAAAGAAAACCAAAGCCUACAAAGGGACGCAAACUUUCCCUUGCACCGAGUGUGGAAGAUGCUUUGUUACAAAAGCUAAUCUUGUGAGACACCUGGGAAUCCACACAGGAGAGACUCCGUACAAAUGCUCCGAGUGUGGGAGAAGCUUCUUAGCACAUUCAAACCUUCUUAGACACCACAGGGUCCACACAGGAGAGAAGCCGUUCUUGUGCCUUCAGUGCGGAAAGCUGUUCAGUGAGAAAAGGAACCUUGAGAGGCACGAGCAAAUCCACACCGGAGAGAAGCCCUUUGAGUGCUCCCAAUGCCAGAAACGGUUCCGUGAGAAAGCCAAGCUGCUUAUACAUCAGAGAAUCCACACAGGCGAGAAACCUUACGAGUGUCCCGAAUGUCAGGAGCGGUUCAGACACAGAGACAGCCUGGCCAUACACAGGAGACUACACACAGGAGAGAAGCCGUUCAAAUGCCAAGACUGUGGACUGCAGUUUCACAGCCAUUCGCUUCUCCGUCAGCACAAGUGGACUCAUCGCAGGAAGCCCUACGAAUGCUUCUGUAAGCAAAGAUUUGUUAGCAAACUGGACCUCUGCAAACAUGAGAAGCUCCACAGAGCAGGUAAUGGGAUGAUGAGAGAAAACAAGGAAGAGAAAAAGCAACACUGCCCUGUGUGUGGGAAAAGUUUCCACUACAAAUCACAACUUGCUGUGCAUCAGAAAAGCCACAAAGGUGUUGGAUGCCAUGAGUGCAACCUGGCUCCUGGGGAGAAGCCUGCGGGGAAUUCCUGUGGCCAGAAUCCAAAUGCAAGACUGGUACCUGAGGAUUAUCAGCUUGACCAGCUCAUGCUUCACAGCACAGUUGAGAAGCUUUGACUCUCCAGAUUUUGUUGGACAACAGUUCCCAUCAGCCGUUGGCCAUGCUGGCUGGGGCUGAUGGGAGUUGGAGUCUGACAGCAUCUAGGGGGCCAUACAUUCUUCACCGCUGCACAGCCUUGGACUUUAGUUAGACUAUAGUUUUGAGAGAGGGGCCAAAAGGGAUGUUAGUGCAUAUUAUUGCACCUGUGUAGAUGCUGACACAAUUUAUAAUUGACUUUUCCAAGUUUUCCUCAAGAGGCAAAAAUGGGGACAAAAUAUGGGCACUGUUUAUUGGUGCUGGAUGCUAGAAAAUAGGAGAUAUCCUUCAAAAACUGGGAGAGUUGGAGCUUAUAUACCACAAUGAUGACAGCUAACUCUGACUUGUUGAAGAAGAGUGCAGUUCUAAUGCCAAGGGAUAUGUUAUACUGCCCUUGUUGUGUAUACGAUAUGACUUUAGUCCAGCGCUGUUAGAUGGUAAGGGCUUUCACUCUGAUCUGUGCAAUCAUUUGCAACUAGGACAAGAGUGGGGAAGGGCCAUAUCCCAUUUGGGCAGCCUUCUGGAGGCUGCAUGCCAGUGGUAGGUGAGGUUAGAAGGUGGAGCAAAAUCUAUGACUCUUCCCUUGGUAUAAAAGGCUACAUUCUAGUUGUGCAAAAACCAGAGGUUUUUACAUCCCCCAAUUCUGCAUCUCCAUCCAGGCAAGGAAGAGGCAUUAUCAGAAUUCAAGGACACAUUGCAGCCUGGGCAAAUGCCUGAAGGAGGGUGUGGCAGAGCAGAGCAGAGCAGGGCUGAGGAGGAGGCAUAGCCAAACUGUGACCUGCCAAGGUGUUUUUUUUGGUGGCCUUUGGGGACUCCAACAUUUCUAGGCAGCAAGUUUCACAGCAGUAGUUUGGGGUUUGUUUUGCACAUUCACCAAGUGCCCUAAGAGUAUUUUAGGGGUUUCAGGCAUGUAUUUCCCUCCCAAAAUGGCUUCGUUCUCGGUUGGAUGAACGUGCUCUACGUCAUUUUCCAGUAGUGCUAUUAAUGGCGCUACUCGGUAAGCUGCCUGUGAAGCCAUCAGCGGGACAAUCGUGAAGGCUUCUGCAUUUGGGCAAACUUUCCUGCUGAUUUCUUCUGAAAAGAGAUGAUCUGUCACGAUUGUUCUUGAGAGCAACCAAAGUGCCUGUUCUCAGGGAUGACAGUCUCUCAUCUGAUCGUAGGAAGUGACCAUAUACCAUUAGUCCAUCUAGCGUGGUAUCAGAGCUUGGAAAAGUUACUUUUUUGAACUACAACUCCCAUCAGCCCAAUCCAGUGGCCAUGUUAGCUGGGGCUGAUGGGAGUUAUAGUUCAAAAAAGUAACUUUUCCAAGCUCUGGGUAUUACCUACACUGAGCAUACACACAUCUGAGUGUGUGCACACACGUGACAUGCACAUGGUGGCACGUAGUCCUCCAAGGGAUGGCCAACCCUUAACACAACUCCUGAGCCAGAAAAGGUUAAUCAUCCCUAGCCUAGGGAGACUCUUGAGGGCCAGAUAGAGAAGCCUGGAGGGUCACCUUUGGUGCCAGGCCUGCGAUUCCCCACUCCUGGGCUAGCACUUUUUGCCUUACUUUUCUCUUUCCUCCCUGUUCCUUUUCGUUUGUGUCUGAGAGCCAGUAUAGGGUAGUGGUUAGGAUGUCGGCCUUGGAGACCAGAGUUCAAAUCCCCACUCAGACAUGAAACUUGCUGGGAGACCUUGGGCCAGUCUCUAUCCCUCAGCCUAACCCUACUACACAGGGUUGUUGUGAGGAUAAAAUGGAGAGGUGGGGAAAACAUGGGCUUGAUCACGUGGAGGGUUAAUGCGGAUCUGGUGCUUUUUGCAGAUCCUUUUAACUUGGACCGUUUGCAUGACGUUUUUGCCAGUGCGAGUGCACUCAGCUGCUAUUGCCUUUAAAUCCGGAUUAAAUCAAUGUAAUAAAAAUCCGAAAUUGGUUUGAAAAUCCGCACCCACUUUGGUGCCCGCCUGGUGCGUGGUUGCUUUCUCCUCUGUUUUUGGCUGCACAGGUUGUUUGCCAUUUUAGAUCCUUUCUCCACCCCCUACACUGUCUAUGAAUAUCAUUUUGUUUCCUGCUGCUGACAAACUUCAGGUUGCUCUAGCCUUCCUUUCCCCCACUCCCCUCCCUCGGUCCUUUAAACCAGCUAUACGCUCUGUUUACUCGCUAUUUUACUUUACAAGCUGGGCGGGGGCAGCGAGGGAAGAGAAGGGGCGCUGCGUUGCCACUCUCCCCUGUGCCUCUCUCUGCCGGGGGGGAGGAGGAGCCGCUACUCUCUGUGCCAGGGUAUUUAGGGCCGGUGUGGGCGAGUGGGCGCGCAGCAGUGAACAGCCCUGUCGGCCAGCGAAGGCACUGAGGAGGAGGGAAGAGAUGCAGCCCAGAGAGCAGGACUUGCUGUGGGAUGCGCCAGGCCAGUCCUGCUCAGUUUUCUGGAGGGGAAGGAGAGGGGGGGUCAACUCGACUCCCCCAUCUAACACUUUUCAGCCGGGACGCAGCCCAGGGAAGGCUCCUGCAGAAGCCCUAUUGCAACUAAGGUCUCGUUCACAAAGAUUGUGGGUGCACAAACACAAAAAUACAGUAAUACCUCGCAUUAAUGUUCUCAAUGGGACCAGAGCGAGUACGUAAACCGAAAAUGUCCUUAAAGUGAAGCACUACCUUUUAAAACUUUUUUCCCCUCUCCUUCAUGCGGAGCCUCGAAGCCCCGCGCUAAAGCCUCCGUUGCUGCGCUGCUGCGCCUCCCAGCUGAUUUGCAGUGGUGAUGGCAUCUAUUUCCACCCCCUGCUCUAAAGCCUCUGCUGCUGCGCUGCCGUGCCUCCCAGCUGAUCUGCGGUGGCGCGAUCGCAUCUAUUUCCACCCCCACACGCUAAAGCCUCUGCUGCUGGGCCGCGUUUCUGGAGAAAUACAGGCAUAUGGAGCAUGUACGUUAUAGCAAGGUGACGUUAAGUGAAGCGAUGUUAAGCAGGGUAUGCCUGUAUACACACUGCGCACUAUAAACAUUGCUUCACAAAAAGGCGUUUGUUUAGAGCAAAUGAAACUGACAACAGAAAAAAAGUAAUUUGGUGUCAGUUGCAAACCCACCCACCCCAUCUCCUGGCUUAGUGUGAAAUUGAUAGAAAACCCCUCCCCUUCUCUGUUAGCAGAGGGAGUUAACAUGUAAAUUUGGGGGUGGGGCCACAAAGAAACAGUGAUACUAAUAAAUGCAACCGUGUGUGAAUGCAAAGCAGCAAAUUGGAAGGUAGGGAGGAGGGACGUGUGUGAACUGUGGAACUCUAUCGCGAAGGGAAAAGCUUCAUAUUCAGUAUGGAUUUUAGCUCCCAUGUGAACCUGGCCCAUAUAUGCCACCUUGGGCUCCAUGGAGGAAAGGAGGGUUAUAAAUGUAAUAAAUAAAAUAAAUAUUAGACUGUGAACCUGUGGGCAGCAGGGACUUUCUUAUGUACAGUGGGUUUUUUUAAAAAAAGGUGCUUUUAUCAAGUGUUAAAUAAUAAUCAUUGCAAAUACGAUGAAGCUGAUAAGUGAAUAACAGUUGUGGACUUGUUUCUGUGCAAAGGCCAUCCAACUUUCCUGUUUCUGUUGCGUCUUUAAGGCUGCAUUCCUGUGCCUAUUUACUUAGAAAUAAAUCCCAUCAAAGUCAGUGGGGCUUACUUCUGAGUAGUCAUGCUUAAGACUGAGUUAUAAGACUGCAAAGUAAGCAAAUAAAUAGAGGGAACUGUGAAGCGGCUUAUGUUGAAUUCAGCCAGGAACAAUCC